AUGUCUGGAACCAAAGUGCGUGAUGCCAUCUCUGCUAAUGAAAAAAGUCUAACAUCGUUAAAUAUCGAAAUUGAGGCGAAAAGCACCCAGUUUUUUGAGCUCGCUCUUUCAAAUGAUGAAAAGAUCGAAGACCAAAGACACAUGUUUGAGUUGGCAGCCAAAGGAAAUUUGCAGCGAUUCCGAAACUAUUACGAGCAGGAUCCCAAACGCUUGAAACUGCGGAACGAGAAAUCCCAAACGGUUCUUCAUGUGGCAGCAAUUAAUGGAAACGAAGAAGUCCUUCUGUUUGCUUUGAAUCAAGAAAUAGAUGUAGAUGCUCAAGAUGAAAAUGGCAACACCCCGCUUCAUGCUGCUGCAGAGAAUCGGUCCAAGGAAUGCGCUGAUCUUUUACUUCAAUAUAAUUGUGACCCAACCAUUGCCAACUCACAAGGCUAUCUUCCGAUUCAUGUAGCCUGUGACCUCGACUAUGGGGAUGUCCUAGAGACGAUGCUGCAACAUGAAAAUGUCAACGUGAAUGCUUGUGACAAUUUGGGUAACACUCCUUUACACUAUUGUGCAGCAAAGGACAGCUUUAAUUGCGUGGCCAUUUUGUUAAAACAUGGCGCAAUAAUGUGCCAAAAAUGCGACAUCGGCUAUUAUCCAAUUCACAUUGCAGCCCGUAACGGUUCAGGCAAAUCACUGGAUCUUCUAAUUGAACGCGUGAAAACAAUAGGUAAAGGAAAUGUCCUUUGCUAUUUGGACAGAGAAAACAACAUGCCUUUACAUUCGUCUGUACACAGUGGAAACCUAGAGACUGUACGUGUUUGUCUUGCUGCUGGGGCCAGGGUAGACACGCAACAGGAUGAUGGAAGCACGGCACUGCACCUUGCAUGUUCCCAGGGUAGUUACGAAAUGGUGGAGAUAAUGUAUCAAUUGCAAAAGGACACGUUUACACAAGCCCUGGUGAAGAAGGACAUUCAACAAAUGACGCCUUUGCACAGAGCUACACUCUUCGGUCACGUACCAUUAAUGACAUUUUUACUUGAUCACGGCGCCGACAUAGAAAGCAAAGACAAACAGCAGCGGACUCCGCUGCUGUUAGCAGCCAGCCAAGGUUGCAUGAACGCCGCCAAGUAUCUGGCCGGUAAAGGAGCUGAUUGCACAGCUAAAGACAAAGAUUCGCGAAACACUCUACAUUUAGCCAUCAAGGGAGGAAUUUCUCUAGCCAAAGUUGUCGAAGACCCAGAUAAUGUCAAAUAUAUGGAUACUUUACGAUAUCUUCAAAAUGAGAAGGACAAGUUCGGGUGUACUCCACUUCACUAUGCCACACAAGAAGGUUACCUGGAAGCAUUAACUGACUUACUUCGGUUAGGAGCUAGUAUUAACUCGAAAAAUAAUGACAAGGAAUCACCUCUACAUUUUGCAGCCAGGUACGGCAGAUACAACACUUGCCGCCAGUUGCUGCAAAGCCAAUUUGGCCAAAAAAUCAUCAACGAAAUUGACGGGAGAGGAAUGAGCGCUUUGCAUAUUGCCGCGCAGCAUGGUCACGUGAAAAUCUUGGAGCUUCUCAUGAAAAUGGGCGCCAUCGUUAUCAAGGAUUUCUAUAACAACACUCCUUUACAUCACGCGGCGGCGAAUGGAUAUACAAAAAGCAUGACCCUCUUAUUAAAUAUCCACUGUUAUCUACUCGACACACAGAAUCGGCUCGGGGAGACCGCGUUGCAUUUGGCCGCCAUAAAUGGCCACUCUGCGGCCGUCACUUUUUUACUCACUUGUGGAGCGAAGAUUCUCAAAGACAACAAAAAUAUGAUGUUCUACGAUCAUGCUUUGGAUAUGAAAAACUCAGAAGUUUCCUUGGCAGCAAUCCAACAUAACAGGUGGGAAGAAAUAAUUAAUCACCCGUCAGAGUUGUACGGCUGGUUGAGCUUGGGCCUCAUCAAACAACUGCCAGAUGUUUGUAUUGCUCUCCUUGAUCGGUGUAUGACAGAAUCCGACGAAGACCCCAAAGGCAAAGACUAUUACGUUGAAUACAAUUUUAAAUAUCUACAGCAUCCCGUGCAAUGUAUGGCGCUGGCGAAGAAGAAAAAGAAGACUGAUUAUAUGCCAAUGGUCGCAUUAAAUCAAAUGGUCACGCACGGACGCGUGGAAUGUUUGGAUCAUCCACUGUGUGUGAAUUAUCUGAUGAUGAAGUGGAACGCUUAUGGUAUGUGGAUCCACACCCUGAGUUUUUUCUUCUACCUGGUUUAUCUCAGUUGUCUGACGGCAUUUGCAUUGGAUUGGACAUCCAAAGGAAACUGUAGUUCACCAAUUUGGAAUAAUGUAACCGCGGACUGCUGUCCGAAAUUACCUGAUUGCAAUUAUAUACAAAUGACUUCACAAGAUCACCUAUUGUCUUCUGUGGUGAUUAUCUACAGUAUUGCCAGUUUAUUAAAGGAAGCCACUCAAGUCUAUCAACAGAAAAGUGAAUACUUCAGUGGUUUAAGCCAAAGCAUGGAAUGGCUUCUUUACAUUCUAAGCCUAGUGUUUAUCUGUCCAUUUGUCUUCAUGCAAAAGUCAGUGGACAAUCAAUGGGACAUUGGAAUCAUGACGGUCUUCAUUGCUUGGUUUAAUUGCCUCUUAUAUCUUCAAAGAUUUAAUUUCUCUGGAAUCUAUGUGGUCAUGUUUCUGGAAAUUCUGGCCACUCUUUCCAAAGUGAUCGUCAUAUUUUGGGUCCUGAUUGUUGCCUUUGCGGUUACCUUCUUUAUGUCCAUGUCAGAUGAGGAAAACAAAGCCUAUUCGACUGUGCCGUUAUCCAUUCUGAAAUCUGUUGUGAUGAUGUUAGAACUCGACUAUAUGGCCACUUUUCAUGUGCCUAACACUGACAAUCGCAGCGACACACUACGAUAUAAAACCGCUUUCUCCCUUCUGAUACUGUACGUCAUCCUCAUGCCGAUUUUACUUAUGAAUUUACUGAUUGGUUUGGCUGUCGGAGACAUUGAAUCCGUACGAAAAGAUGCACGACUUAAACAGUUGGCCAUGCAGGUUUCCAUGUACACUACUCUUGAAUGGAAGUUGCCUCAAAAGUUAUUGGAGAAAGUCGACAAAGUCACUUAUCGGAGGUAUCCGAAUCGACUGCACACAUAUUUCGACAGGAUGCUAAAUAGGUUUUCAGGGAAGAACCUGGUUAAUGAAAUAUCAAAUCGAAAUGUGUAUGCUCACAAUCUGAGCCAGGAGCUAACUAAACAGAAGCAAAGGUUGAAAUCGAUGCAGAGUCUGUUAGAAAAACAGCACGAUCUCCUGCGAAUGAUUGGACAGAAAAUGGAGAUCCGUGCCGAAGAGGAUAUCAGAGAUGAAGGAGAUUCCGUCACUGAGUGCAUGGGGACGCAGGUGAAGCAAAAGGAGAAAAUCCUUUCACACUGGAAAUCAUUUAGUAAGAGGAAAAAAUAG